GCAUGGACACCGAUAGUGAAGCCAGUAUACCUGAUAUAUCUGUUGGCAGUGCAGGCAGUUCUGUAAGCUCAAGGCUCCAAGAGGAGUACCAGAGUUUACUGAAAUAUGCUCUUGUUACGCCCAUGGGUACUCUGGCAGAUGGGAUGGACGAGGAUGUGACACAACAAGAAGAUCAGAUCCGUCUACUGCGGAACAGUAACCCUAACCCAACCCCUCUCCCUCCACCCUUACCCAAGAGAACACCGCCUGCCUCUUCUUAUGCAAGCAGUAGUUCGUCCGAACAUGAGCCUGUCAGGUUGAUAACCACUAGAGAAGUUACCAGAGUUACUCCUGCCCCAUCUGCUGAGAUAAGUAAUGGUGCUUCAGUCAACACUACAGAGGGGGAGAAAGCUAAAGAAGUUUCUGUGCAGAAUAGAGUGUUUGGCAGUUUGCCAACACUAUAUAGCUCGGGACAUACUGUCAGUGACUACACGCUCGACGAAUUAGACGCCACUCUGGAAGAUGAAACAGCAAGUCUGGUAAAAAGAGAAACAGUCAGGGAGUCAGAGAUACUUACUUCCGCCCAUGAUAGUGAUAUUGUCAGAUUGGAGGGGCAGAUCGACGAAUGGAACAUUGCUUUGCGGCAAAACAUUCUGGCGGAGUUGACACAGAUCAAACUGAAGUUACUUCAACAACAGAAGUGCAGAAUACUGGACGAGAGGGAGAAGAGCAACGAACGGAUGGCCCGGCUAACACUUCAAAAUGAGGAACUCAAGGAAUUAGUUGCGAACUGCGAGAGAACUAUUGCUCAGAAGGACUCGAUUAUAGCUAACCUGACAACUUCCCUCAAUAAACAGAAAACUAAGGAAGGACUUGUUCGUAGUUUCAGUCAGUGGAAGUUGAGGCAUUGCGAUGAGAAAAGAGAGGAAUUCUGCGGCCGCAUAGCAGACGACUUUUACGCAAGAAAGUUGAUGACACGCGCAUUUCGUUCCUGGAUGAGCGUCCAAGAGAAUAAGUGGAAAGAAAGAGUGGAGCGGGCGUGUCAGAACCGCGCACAGGAAGUUUGCGAAAAGCUGACACGUGAUUACGAGGACAAGGUUGCCGCGCUGCAGCAACAACUUGGUGCAGCUUGCGCAGAGAUUGCUAGUCUGCGUUCUGAUAGGGAGCAGUUUGAGGAGCGCAUGAAGAAGGGCUUCAUGAGGGGGGUGUGCGCGCUGAACUUGGAGGCUAUGACUAUGUUCAAAGAGGAGGAGUCUACUAAAGAGAAUGUAGAACCCCCUGAAACUUCUGUAGUCCAGCCACUUCAGAGUAUGCCGGUGUUAUCUGAACACCCCUUACCAAACCUGACGACUGCCCCCUAUCCGCCUUACAAACCCAACUCUAAACAAGUCCUGGUCAGGCUUCAAGGAACUUCAAACAAGGGCAACCACAAAACUGCCAAGCCCCAAUUAGAGACAGUAGUAGUAGAGAGACACUCGGGGCCCACCCACCACCCUCCACUGCGAGUUCCUCCAAAGAAACACAAAGUUAAGAACCAAAUGUCCGUCAGAAUCGUUGAAUAAGCAGUGGAUGUUGCUAGGCGAUACCAGAAAUUCUCUUUUUAAUUGACAAGACGUUUUUUUGUGCGAGAUCCUUUCAUUUUUAAAGAAGGUGGAGUUUGAUUGUUAUAUUUUUUCAAUGAGUGCCAGACACCAUGAACUGAGGCUGAAGAAAUAUGACAUGGGAGGUGAAACUAAUUGUAAAUAUUUUGCAGUGUUAUUAUUAUGUUGUUGUUUAUGUUAUACUGCUAUAUCACCUAUUCAGAAUUUCAGUAAUCAGUAACCAUUAUUAUAUGUUAUUAUAUCAAAA